AUGCGAACAUCAUUGCUUACCUCCACUUUCUCACCUCAAUUCCUACUAUUCAUUUCGUUCGAUUCGUUUAUGGAAGUUGACGGGUUCCGGAUGGCGGCUGUGGCGCAGUCGGGCGCGCGCGAGGCCCUGUCGACGUACCCGUCGUCGCCGACGUCUUCGCCCUGCGACUCUUCGUCGCUCGCUCGCGGCGAUUCGACAACGCGUAGCCCGCGAUGUGAGGCUUUUGUGAUGACCGGUGACAAGAUCUUGAACCUCAACCAUCAUAUCUCGCCAAACUAUGCUAAGGUCGCUCGCGAUCAAUUACCACCAUCCACGCAAAUUCUCGAAACACCUAAACCACGCCCAGCGCCAACAUUGUCCGAGUUUCCAUCUGUACGUAGAAGUAUGCGCAGUCGAAUACCAACAUCACGUAGUCAACCGGAAACGGUUAACACGCAGCGACAGGUCUCAUGCCCAGAUCAAGUUGCUGAACGUACUUCACCACCGCAUCUGUCCAACGGCUCUCCAUCGUCAAUCGUACUGCCACCACCAACUGUCGAUGAAAAGCCGCCCAGCGCUACCGUAUCCCCGACGGUAAUCUCGGAAAAAUCCGAGGGAACUGUCUCACAUACCAAUGGAGAUUUCGCAUCAAUUGACGACGAGUCUCCAUCGUCUGCAACUACGGCUCAAGUUAUGGAAUCAUCCAUGCAUUCAUCAUACUAUAAAUCCGCAUUUUCAAAUCCACAAAUUUGCCAUAAAAAGACAGGCAGCUCGGAUACUUUUGUUAUUUCAACCGCUGAUUCACCGACAAAACACUCAACGGUUACGGUAAAUGCAAUUAAUUGUGCACCAUCUGCAUCAACGACGACAAGUCCUAGCAAUAGACGGCUUAUGAACACAAGGAGACAACAAACUGGUGGCAAUGAAGUAUUCGGAUCGUUCCGUUCGGAUGGUACAAUUGGUGCGGAUUCGCAGUGUCCACUGGAAGAGGAACGAGAAGCAGCAAGAGAGGCAGCAAAAUUGUUUAGGCUAGAGGACUGCACCAAAGCGGACGUAGCUGAGAGGCUGAAUGACAGGUCUGAGUUCUCGGCUUUGGUUACCACCAAAUAUCUAGAACUAUUCUUCUUCUCUAGUCUACGUAUAGAUGCUGCUUUACGAGAGUUUUUGUCAAGGGUUGAAUUGCGUGGAGAUUCAUCAGAACGUGAACGUCUUCUUCGUUUCUUCUCUACACGUUAUCAUCAGUGUGAUCCAAGUCUUUUUGAUACCGUUGAUGACGUGCACACCUUGACAUGCGCCUUACUCCUAUUGAACUCCGAUUUACAUGGACAAAAUUUGGGGAAAAAGAUGACAAUUCGAGAUUUUAUUAAUAAUAUCUCCCAUACUGGAGUACACUACAAACGUGAUCUACUCAAGGCUCUAUAUAACAGUAUUAAGGAGAACGAAAUUGUUCAUGCGAGUAAAUUCGAAAAACCACUGACGUCUAAGGUUGCUUCAAAACGUUCCUUUGUCUCGCGUCAGAUGCUGCUUGAGGUUGAUCCUGAAUCACAAGUUGAAUAUAAAUGCGGUUAUAUUAUGCGCAAAUGUGUUUAUGAUGCGGAUGGCGCCAAAACUCCGUUUGGAAGACGAGGAUGGAGAGAAUGGUAUGCGAGGUUACGAGGUUUAGUGCUAUAUUUGGGACGAGAUGACAGCGACAAAAAACGAAGCAGAUAUGAGACUUUUAACAAUGCCAUUCUUCUUCAUCAUGCAUUCGCUGAACCAGCUCCGGACUACAAGAAGAAACAGUACAUCUUUCGCGUUAGAACCGCCAAUCUGGGAGAAUUUUUGUUCCAGACGACGAGCUCUGCUGAGGUAGAGGAUUGGGUGAUGCAAAUAAACUUUGCCUGUGCGCGGUUCUCAUCCCGAGCUCUUCCGCCACCUGCGUGUUCGGGAGGAGCAUUUUCGAGGGCCCGACUACCGAAAUUGCCCAGUUCAGCGCCGUUAGCGCAGCAAUUAAAAGCUCAUGAAUCAGCCGCAUGUGAAUUACGAGAGCAGUUGUCCCGUGUUCGACAAGAAGCGCCACCUCUUAAGGCGAAAGGACGACCUGUAGAAGAGUUCUUUUUUAAGGAGCGUUAUCUUACUCAGGAGAUCCUUCGUUAUGACACCUAUUGUCAUUUACUACGGUCCCGCCUUCCUGGCGGUGGAUGCGAAUUGGGCGGGGCCCCAUCAGAUUCCACAUCCGGCGUACAUUCCAAGUCCGACAUCGCUGACGAUCUAGACAAAAUGAGUUAUCGUGAGGCAUUGAAUCAUCAUUAA